AUGGAAGAGAAAGAAUCGGCGGUUGGGCAAAUGAGGCCGAAACCAAAGCAAGAACAGCCUCUCCAUGUGAUCAACAGAAUCAAUUCAUCUCAUUUAUCAAAGAGUCCGUCUCCAUCUGGUAUUACCAUGCCAAUACCCCAACAUCACAGAUGGAUAUCCACCAGUAGUUCUAAAUCUCCCUCUCCUCUUCCGAGAAUUAGUCCUCUUCCUCCAGUUUCAAACUCUUCUCAACUUGGUUUACCUCAACAAAAGUCUAUUCAGCGACCAUCCUCACCACAAGAAACACUUCGCAAUACGAUUCAUGUCGGAAGAAACACUUUCAAUAGCCAUUCUUUAUCACCAAUACCACAAACUAAAGAAUCGCCAACUGACAUUGGCGUAUUUGGAUCACAUCUGUUAAAUCAAGGGGAACGAGGUACUGAUAGAUCUUUACUACCUCCAAACGAAUCAAAAACCAAAAUAUAUUCCCUUAACUCGGUAAUCGGGGAUCAUGAAAUGAAAACUCCCUCUCCAACUCAUCAGUUAUCUAAUUAUGGUCUUAAUGAGAGCAUUAAUGCAUCGUUGGAAAUUCAGCGGUCGAAAAAACCCUUAAAAUCUCACCAGAUCAAGAGUGCAACGUCGAACACGCCACCUCCUCCAGUCCAAAAUGAAAUCUCUCCUGCAAUUCCAAAACCUAAAAAGUCCCUCUCUCCUUCAGUCUUCCAACUUGACGACAAAAUUUUUGAUCAACCCAAACCUCUUCCAGUUUCUAAUCCCUCUACACUCACAAACAAGUUAAUAAGGAAGCAACAGGAAAAAGAAAACAGAAAAAAGAAAAAAGUAACAAGUGAAGCCUCUUGUAAUGAAAAGAAACAAGAAUAUUCUCAAAUAAUUUCAAACGUAAUUAGUAGAUCGUAUUUAACAGACGAAGAAUUAGGAACAACGAAUAUUUUCAAAAUUUUAACUCUUUCAGGAAAGGAUGAGGAAGACCUAUUUCAAAACAUUGAAGAAAAUAAGUACUUCUCUGGACUGGAACUGCAGGAUAUUUUGCAUACAAUUAAAUUGGAAGCUCCAAAAGAAUUUACACUUUGGGAUCUUCAACGAAAGCGAAGGUUAGAAAAACAAAAGGAGGCAAAAUUGCUGGAAGAAAAAAAAGAGAAAAGAGGAAGAACUGCAACAAAAACAAUUAUUGGACGAAUAUUUAGAGCAGGAGGCCCAAGACAGUGA